CUGAUCUUAGUGGGCGGGGUCACUCUCACGGCCUUGGCGUUUCGCAGAGAUUUUGUGGAAAAUAGAGGCUGUGCUUUAUUUAUUUCGGUAGUUUUGAAGAAUAUAUGAGCUCUUCCACUAGCAGAGCAGUCGUUUAUCCCUCUACAUCAUCCGGUGCAUGUGUGUUUACUCUCGGUGUCUUUGAAAGCACGCUUUCCUCAUGCUAGUCUUUGUAUGUAACGUUCCUGAGCGAUUCUGGAAGACAUCAGCUCGACUCCAGCUGCAUUCAUUAAACUGCGCUUUGCUUCCUCGGGGUUGCGUUUUUGGCUUACAUAAACUGUAGUUUCUUAAUUGCUUCACGCUUGUUGUGAACUUUAUUCAAAAAUUUGCGAGAUAAUAGCAACCUCUGAAUUGCUAGCUGCUAGCUAGCCCGCUUCACUCUCAGUCGGCUUGUUGGAGCUGCUGGAAAAUGUCCGAUUUUGACGAGUUUGAGAGACAGCUGACAGAAAACAAGCAAGCGGAUAGAGACAAGGAGAACAAGCACCACCGGCGCAGUGGCUCGAGAAGUCGCAGCAGAGACCAGGACAGGAAAAGGAGGAGCCGAGACAGAGAAAGGAGAGGAGGCAGCCGAGAUCGUCAUGGAGACAGCAAGGACCGCAGACACAGACGCAGUCGCUCUCCGCACCGUGAGAAGAAAAAGAUUAAAGUAAAAAAAUAUUGGGAUGUUCCUCCUCCUGGAUUUGAGCACAUCACACCCAUGCAGUACAAAGCCAUGCAGGCUGCUGGUCAGAUCCCGGCCACUGCUCUGCUACCCACAAUGACCCCCGAGGGUCUGGCUGUGACCCCAACACCUGUUCCUGUUGUGGGCAGUCAGAUGACUCGACAGGCCCGGCGGCUUUAUGUCGGCAACAUCCCAUUUGGCAUCACAGAGGAGUCUAUGAUGGACUUCUUCAAUGCUCAGAUGCGUUUGGGUGGCCUGUGUCAGGCUCCAGGUAACCCAGUCCUUGCUGUUCAGAUCAACCAGGACAAGAAUUUUGCCUUUUUGGAGUUUCGUUCGGUGGAUGAAACGACACAGGCCAUGGCAUUUGAUGGCAUAAUUUUCCAGGGACAGAGUUUAAAGAUUCGUCGACCACACGACUACCAGCCUCUGCCAGGCAUGAGUGAGAAUCCCAGUGUCUAUGUCCCAGGCACGUCUCUCUUUUGCUCCCCCAAUUCUUGCGUCGUCUCCACGGUCGUGCCUGAUUCGGCCCAUAAACUCUUCAUUGGCGGUCUGCCAAAUUACCUCAACGAUGACCAGGUCAAGGAGUUACUGACAUCAUUUGGCCCACUGAAGGCCUUUAAUUUAGUGAAAGACAGCGCAACAGGCCUCUCUAAGGGCUAUGCCUUCUGUGAAUACGUUGACGUCAAUAUCAGUGACCAGGCACACUGUUUACUAUCACAGGCCAUCGCGGGGCUAAACGGGAUGCAGCUGGGUGACAAGAAACUCCUGGUCCAGAGAGCAAGCGUCGGCUCCAAGAACACCACACUGACUGGUAUAAACCAGACACCAGUCACCCUUCAAGUUCCAGGUCUCAUGAACAGCUCGGUGACUCAGAUGGGUGGCAUUCCCACAGAAGUAUUGUGUCUGAUGAACAUGGUGGCUCCAGAGGAGCUGCUGGAUGAUGAAGAGUAUGAGGAGAUCGUGGAAGACGUCAAAGACGAGUGCUCCAAAUACGGCCAGGUCAAGAGCAUCGAGAUCCCACGUCCCGUUGAUGGCGUGGAAGUUCCUGGCACUGGAAAGAUCUUUGUGGAGUUCAUGUCAGUGUUUGACUCCCAGAAGGCAAUGCAAGGCUUAACAGGAAGGAAAUUCGCCAACAGAGUGGUGGUGACUAAAUACUGCGACCCUGACGCCUACCACCGCCGCGAGUUCUGGUAGAGACAGGACAGAAUCCGGAGCGAGAGAGACUCGGAGAGAUGCAGAUGGUGUGAUAUGAAUCUCUCGGAAGCCCCUUAUUUUGUAGAUUUAUGAGGUCUGAGACAGUGUGAGCUUUUUAAAAUCUGGCAGACUAAAAGCAUGACUUGUGAUUGGUCAGAAUGUAGCGAACCAAUCAUUUGUCAUGUUUUUUUGUUGUUGUUUUUUUAUGACGAUGACAACAACAUUGAAAUAUGUGCAAAGCUUUAAGAUGGGAAAAUGGACCGUACCAUGUCAUUAUCUACAGAAAAGGAUCCAGUUAGACAUGCCACUAAACUUCCAGCUUAAUUUUGGCCCAUAGACAAUUUACCAUGUCACUUUGUCUCGAUGUUAAAUUCCUGCUCUAUCAUCUGUACAGCUCACACACUGGUCAGAUAGGAGUGAGAGGAGGAUGUAAAGGAGCAAGUGAGGAAAGAGAAAUGAUGACAACUACAAAAAUGAAUGUUACACUCAAACAAGAAGGUGAGAGGGGGUAUUUCAGGAGAGAAGUCUUUGUUAUUUGAAUAUGGUUUUAUAUUUAGGCUGUGAAUAAGGUUUCAUGUGUAAAAGUGUUGAAGAUAAAAAGCCAGAGGAGUUUCCACGUCGUCUUUUGACACCAUACAUGUAUGAGGUAAAGCUGCUACAGGCUUCUGUCUUGUAGAGGGUGAUAAUUAACAAUUACAUCUAUACUGUCCUCUACUUUCCCCCGCCGCCUCUGUCUUUUUCCUGCUAUCGCUCCCUCCUUUUAUAAUAGUUGUAAUGUUUUUCAUAAACCCUAUUUUCCUGGCCCGAUCUAACCAAAUUUAUACACAAUGGAAAAAAAAAGAUACUUGUCUCUUUUCUGUUUUUUUUCUUCUUCUUCUUUUUUUUUUUAUGCAUUCUGUAUCUAACUGUCCACUGCUGUUUUUUUAAAAACUGAGUUGAUUUAAUACGAUGCGUUUAUGUAUGAAGACCAGAGAAAGUUCUGGUGAAAUAAACUCAAUGCGUUUGAAUUGA